GAAUCUCGCUGGUCAUCCCGUCAUCCUUCUCAUCCACUCAUUGAGGUCGUCCCCUAUCUUUCUGUCUAACUUAGUGUACUGUAUAGUCUGUAGUGUGUGUAGUCUCCCUGCUGAGUGCUGAGCUGCUCUUCAAGUCGCAUCCCAGCAAAACCAGCUGGCCCGUCGUAACUCCAACCCCAACUCCAACUCCAACUCACGCUCGAAUUCCAAUCUCCAUUCCCGCAUCCAGCAUCCAGCAUCCAUCACUCGGCAUACGGCAUCUGCGAACCGACGACAGCAGACAGCAUCUUCCAUAUCACAGCUGCCAUCAUCCUGUAUCCAAAGUAGCCGCUUUACCUGCAUCACCCGACCCGAGUAGCUGUAUAUAGAUGUUUCCCUAACCACCCGAUCCCCGUUUCCUCGUACCGUGUGACUACCACUGCCCGUGUGGCCGGCUAGUUCGUGCCGUGGUCGUCUUGUUGGACGGUCGUGAAGCUCUCGUCACCCCUUUUACUCCGUCCUAGCCACACAUCGCAACGGAUGACGACCAGAUAGCAUCCACCCCCCAAUUUCCAGCGGGAACCACGCACGACGACGAUGCCCUCUUUCAUGAACGACGAGAACUCCCCCAUCUACGCCCCUAACGCUGGCAUCAUCCGUCUCAGCCACCACCCAGCCCAAGACCAUCACUUUCCCCCGAAGUUGGUCAACGGUCACGACAAACACGUCCCGAAGCCCUUGCCCACGCCAAUUGACCACUGCAGAGAGAACUUUGAUGACAACGCCUCGACGCUAUCAACUCAGAGCUCCGAGCCACGCUCGCGGAUGAAUGGGGACGAGUUAUCACAGCCGAAUAUGGCCUCGCUGCCCAAUGGCCGCCCACAUCAGCUCACUAACGGUUUGAGCUCGAGCUCUGGCGAGCCCAUCCAUCAGACGGCUGCCGCCAUGAAAGCACGCGCUGGCGUACCCAUGCAAUUGGAUUCUCGGCCCCCGGUGGCCAUGUCAAAUGGCAUUGCUGCACGCCCCAACGGUCCUCGUCAGGAUAUAUCGGAGCCAUACCAAAGGCAGGGCUCGUGGGAGUCUGGGAGACCAUCGAUGCAGCAAUCGCUCUCGGAUUCGAACAGAAAGUCUUCGACCAACAUGGAUGGCCCGCAAAUGGAACGUACCUACACAGGCUCUGUAAACCGUCACUCUUCUGAAACGGCCUAUGCCGCCUAUGGUCAGGCAAAUCCCUCCACAGCACUGUCACCGUUACAAGACAGAUCCCAAGCCUCGGAACCGCAGCGCUUCUCUUCACCGGCCAGCUUUCCUCUCCCAGCAUCUUCCUCGACUCCGGCAUUACAUACAACGACGGCUAGUGGCAUCAAACAGCGACAUACCCUGGAAGUUCCUAAGCCUCAAGCGGGAAGAGCUUCCAGAGACGGCAACGAUGCAGCCUACGCAAGUGGUCGCUUUUCUCCAUCACCAGCUGGACCCUCUGCCCGGAGAGGCUCUCUUAGCUUGGGAAGAAGAAAUACUCGCUCGUUGCACUCUGAUGCGCACCGCGACGAAAUUGUGCCAGAUGAAGACGCUCUACGGUGGGCCGAAGCAUACCGGCAAAAGCGAGCUAAGAAGAAGAAGAAGGAAGAAGAGGAAGAUGAUGACAGGGUUUUGGUAGGAACCAAGGUUGAUGAAAACCACGCGAAUUGGGCCACUGCCUACAAUAUGUUGACAGGCAUCCGUGUCUCUGUUUCUCGUACCAAUGCCAAGCUGGAUCGACCCCUAACUGACGAAGACUUCGAAGCUAAGCAAAAAUCGACGUUUGAUAUCGCCGGGAACGAACUAGUGCCUUCAGCAAAAUAUGAUUUCAAGUUCAAGGAUUAUGCGCCCUGGGUUUUCCGACAUCUUCGUGCCCUUUUCAGGCUGGACCCGGCUGACUAUUUAAUGUCGCUCACCGGUAAAUAUAUUCUAUCCGAGCUUGGAUCUCCAGGGAAGAGUGGUAGCUUCUUCUACUUCUCACGAGAUUACAAGUAUAUCAUUAAAACUAUCCACCACGGCGAACACAAGUUUCUGCGCAAGAUCUUGAAAGACUACUAUAACCAUGUUAUAGACAACCCGAACACUCUCCUCUCCCAGUUCUACGGCCUCCAUCGCGUCAAGAUGCCGUAUGGCAAGAAGAUUCAUUUCGUCGUCAUGAACAACCUGUUUCCACCCCACAAAGACAUCCAUACUACUUUCGAUCUCAAAGGCUCGACCAUCGGCAGAGACUAUAGGGAGGAAGAUUUGGAGAAGAACCCACGAGCGACGCUAAAGGACCUCAAUUGGCUCCGUCGAAAACGUCACUUGGAGCUGGGGCUUCAGAGACGGCAACUAUUCUUGCAACAACUUCAGAGCGACGUAAAACUUUUACAAAAAUUGAAGAUAAUGGACUACUCUCUCUUGAUUGGCGUACACGACCUGCAAAAAGGAAAUGGAGAAAAUCUGCGCGACAAGACUCUUCAAGUCUUUAACCCCGGUGGAGCAGGACAGACAGAAGAUGGACCUGAUCCCAAUCAAGUACUCAUGCGAACGCCCUCCAAGCUAGAGAGUGCGCGCAAGGCUAGGGAACUGCGGCAGAUGGUCAAAGCUGAGAGACCAGUACCGAUGCGCCAGACCACCGACAGAAUGCCAGAUGAAUUAGCCGAGGGUCAUAGUCGAGGUGGUGUUUUUUAUAAUGACGAUGGUGGUUUACGAGCAACGCAUGAAGAUAAUACCCCCGGUGAGGAAGUGUACUAUCUUGGUGUCAUCGACUGCUUGACCCAUUACGGCAUGAUAAAGAAGCUCGAGCACUUUUGGAAGGGUCUGUCAAGUGAUCGUACCCAGAUCUCUGCCUUACCACCCGAGGAAUACGGCAAUCGAUUCUUGAAGUUCAUGUCUGGAAUUACUGUGUCGUCAGAGGAGGCUGCUCGAGAUCAAAACGACCGAGUAACUGCAGCUACAGCCACAGUGCAGUCGACAGUCCAAGGGCACGUCCCGGCCAUGCCCACGUAUCUGCCCCCGGCUCCACCAGAAAUGAGAAGUCCUGGAUCACCCGAACCUAACCCGACGGUAGAAAAAGCUUUGAGGUUGGCAACAAAGAGGGAAAAGGACAUUGCUGAAGAGGAGCAGGUUCCUGAGAGGAAGAUCACAACGUCAGUAGCACCGCCUAAUGGGAGAACCAAUUCUCACACCGUCUUGCCUGUGGUCGAGGAAUCCGCGGAGGCAGCAUCGUUGGGUGGACGAAGCCGGGGCGAGAGCACGACUGAAUCUAGACCAUUCACGCCUUCGCCAAGAGAGAGGCAGGACGGCUUUACAGAUCUGGGUCCCCAUGGUAUUGGCGGAAGAGGUCCUCCAACGCCACCCAAAACAAGCUAUAUCGAGCCUGUGAAGGCUCGUCUUAGUCGUGAAGACCUGGACAAAGAACUACCCCCGCUCCCGGGACGAGUAGGAGCAACAGAAGCAUCGUAGAUCUCAAGGUUAUACCGGGAUUGGUGGAAGCGUCAGAAGAAGACGGAACCUUGCCAUAUGAUAUUAAUGCACAUAGAAUGCGGCGGUCGAUAAGUACGCCUGUGGCUGGUAGUGAUUUGGGGCCGGCGGCACUUGUUGGUAUUUUUGACAGGGAAUUGAUAGAACGGGGGAUUCGCGGUAUACGGAUUAACCAAAGAGAAAAAAACUCGUCCACAUUAGAGUUUAGGCAUUCGGCUGCUUUGCCACGGUAUCUUUUUUUUUUUUCAUAUGGGGAAAGUGAGGUCAUUUGCAUGGGUUGUUGCGCUGAACAUUGACGAGCCUCAUUAUCUCUGUCCCUCCUUUCCCCUUUUUUCCUUUAUCCCCUUUGUUGUUGUUGUUGUUGUUGUGUCUAUUACAGCAUGUUAAUCAACUACUAAAGACAUGAUACCACCACUACUAAAUCAAUUGCAUACUAUAUAUAUAUGGAUUCAAAUGAAAAGUAAUCAU